AUGGUCAUAAUUAACCCCGAGCCCGCCGCGCUCUCCUCCGACAAUCUGUCGCUCUUCUAUACCACAGACGAGCUCCUCUCUAAUUCACCCGUCCUCAUCUUCUACGGGCCAACAGCCACCACGACCCAGGCGACGCACUCGCGCAUCCAAGCGCAUGUGUUUACGCCUGCUGGCCUGCAGAAUUUUGCCCGUCUCAUCAUAUCGCCCACGGCCACCUUUUACAAUGCAGUCACUUGUCUCCCACGCGAGGAGCAGGGUGACGAGAUAUGUCGCGGGCUCGCCUUCAGUCUGUACAAGUACCUUGUCGAGCUGCCGCAGGAGACCAAGAAUGUAUGGGAGAAGCGAUACUCGACACUGGCUAGCUUGCCCUCGGCCCCCAAGCUCUUCUCGGAAGCCCAUGCUGCAAUCGUCGCAGCCAAGAUGAUCAAGGUGGAGAACGUCGCGGAAGUCAUAGUAGACGUCCGCCACGCACUUGGGGAGCAGUCGCUCUCCUGGAUAGACCUGGAUGUAGUCUUGCCACGCGGAAGCAUACAGAAGCUGGACACGCGCGAGUCAGCCCAGUUUGACGAGUUCGAAGACGACAUUGACCAACAACGAUAUGGCCAGUAUGCGCCCAUCAUCAAGCUCUUUGGGGAGGCCGCUUUCCUGCCCACUUCCAAAUUGCGCCGAGCCCCUUCCAAACCCACGAGCUUGAAUCGAUCGCAAUCCUUUUCGAGAAAGCAGAAAGAGACCCUCCGCCGCGAGAUGUGCGAGCUACUAGACACAGAGGAGAACUACGUGAGCAAGGUAUACGAACUAGUACACACUGUUGCGGUCGAGUUUCGUGAGAAAGCGAAGCUCAAGUCGACGUCGAGCUCAAGUCCGACUGAACAGGCCUUGAAGGGGUUAUUUCCCCCCAGCCUGGAUAAGAUUCUCGAGGUAAACUCGCAGUUCCUGGAGGCUCUACGCGUCAUACUAGAAGAGACAGAGAAUGGUGCCAUCGCAGACAUUGAGCAGUCCACCGACGAUGUCUUCAUUGCCCCAUUGCGCGGACAGAAAGAUCCACCAGAUGUAACUGGAGCUGCCGCUGUCGCGAAGGCUUGUCUCGAGUGGUUUCCACAGUUUAGCGACUGCUACACAGAAUACAUGGCCGCCCAUGGAGACUUUUCGCAAUUGCUGAAGCUCUUCACAAAGGACACCAACUCAAGCUUCUCGAAACGGGUCUAUGAAACGGGCGAGCAAAGGUUGACUUCGAUGUUGAUCGAACCAGUUCAACGACUGCCACGCUACAACCUAUAUAUUGACAACAUCAUCAAGCAACUCCCAGUAAGACAUCCUGCAAUCAAAUCAUUCCUCAAAGCUAGAGAUAUUGUCACCGAAAUCUGCACAAGAGAGGGGCCAACUGCGCAGCAAAUAAGAGUCUGUGACCGUCUGCGAAAGAUGACCACCGGGUGGCCAACAGGUUUCAACCCACAAGGACGGCUCAUCACUGCACUUGAUUGUGUCGAACUUGCACCACCCUUUCACGGGAGCUUGGGCCCAUUGGAUACACCUGGGAUCCUCGUGCUCUUCACUGAUUUCCUGGUCAUUCUACGCAAAUCGGAGGAUGGCACUUCCACCGCUCGUGGCUUACUUGCUGAUUUGGACAAUCCCAAGUUUGCCGAAUCUUUUAGCGGGUCGACAGAUCUUGUGUUUCACCAACAACUGUCGCUGUCCGAUGUCUUCAUCACUGAACACGAUGAUGGAAGCAUCCUUCAACUACUAGCUCCAUGUCCAUCUUCGAAUCAGUCUAGCCGACCCCGUAGUCGGGAACGAAAAGUGAUGGGAAUCCGGAUGUUCUAUUUGCAUGGCAUUUACGAAGGCAAAGCACAAAAGUUCGUCGAGGAGCUUACGAAAGCACGCGUAGAGGGCCGAUUUCCUGAAAAUGAACGCGAAGGACCCAAGUGGGAAGUACGAAGUCUACCGGGCGACCUGAGUUACUUUUCGUCUGUUUCAGAGGAGAUCGGAUCGCAGAGAAUUGAAGGCCGAGGAGCGCCGGCGAGGGUCCAGAUUCUAGUAGACUCAGGUGCUUUUUCACAACCCAUACAAGUGGGCCAUGACGGCGUUGAGCUCUCAGUGUCAAUCUCCAUGCUUGGCGAUGGUUUCUUUCUAUUGGAUACUGCCGGCAUCCUAGGCUACUCAACACGGGAUAAGCUGACAGAAGUCGAAUUCCUGCCGGUCCUUACCAAACGACUAUCGAACUACUUUCAAUUGCGCAACAGCGUGAAGAACCCUGCAGUAUCCGAGGCGUAUCUUCUUCGCAACCAACACGUGCUCAACUCGUUGACCCUUCAAAUCAACGAGGAUCAGGAAGAACAAGGAAGCAAGAGCCGCCCACACUCUCCAGUGAAGAUGCUCUCCAACUUCUUCGGUGCUAGCGUAGGUCAAAGUGGUUCUCGCCGACUUCAACGAAAUGCACAUACUGUUGGGGAGAUUCCUCGAUUGGCGCCGCCAUUGCAACCAGCGCCCAGUCGAACGCAUAGUUUUGACAAUGACGCAUCACGACCAGCGUCAUCCAGCAAGAACGUAGCGUUCAGCGCGACGACCACCACCGAUCCAAAUGGCAAGAUAGAAGAAACUCUUGAGAAUCUGACUCUAGCGUUGCACGCUCGCAAAGGCAAUAUUGUUGGUCGCUCGGUGCGUUCAAGGGCUGUGGCAGACGAGCUUGUAGUGAACGAGCUGUACAAUUCGCUUUUGGAGAAUCCUGCGAACCUUGACCUAGCUGGGCAGUCAUCCGUCGAUGUACUCUUUGCGGUCUUUGAGAAGUUUCUCCAGGUUGCCUGGAAGGAACGCAUGGGGCCUGUGCUAUCUCACGCCACCUUCGUUUCCUUGCAGAUGAGGUCUGACAGCAUGCCUCCGGGCGAAUUCGAAGAAUACUUCCGGGCAACCUUCAGCCAGCUCAUGCCGGCGAACCAACGAGCACUGCGUGCUAUCAUGCAUCUCCUCGCAGAAUUGCUAGACGGGACUAGUAACGAUGGCGAUCGCGGAGUUCUGACUGCUGCAUUCGCUGAGAUGCUCGUCCCCGCCGGCAACGCCAAUGACUUCAUAUCACUGAUGGAUCGGCUGGUACAGGACGUAGAAGCCCUCUUCCCAAUUCCGAGUACGGGCUGGAAUACACCGAAUUAUGGCUCUAUGGAUUCUCGAUAUCAAUCAGGGGCUACAGGAUCGAUACAUUCAAACACUUCUCUGAGGAAACGUUUCGGGUUCAGCACCUUGACCAGAGAGAACAGCAAGUCGGAGAACGAAUCCAAGGUCGGCUCACUGUGGCGCUCCCUGAGUAAGAACAGUCAUGGGAUGGAUAGCCAGCCUCCCAGUCCAAACAAAGUCGGCGCUGGCUCCAUUGGCCGCUCUAAUUCUACGGAUGCCGGUCGAAUCUCGCCAAAGCGUCCCUCCUCUCGAGACCGCCCCAGUGUUCUAGGCGCGUUCAACUUUGAAAACGGAAAUGCUGCCAAUCGAGCUUACGUGGGUGGUUUGGGAACUAUUGGAGAGGUACCUCCCAACGUGGGCCCUCCUCGCAAGAAGCGCCGUUCUUCAUUGAGUGAUCUCAAGACUCUACAGGAUGCUAACGAUGUGCCCUCGUGGUCUCCGCAGACUCCUCGUAGACCUGAUUCUGGUUCUUCUGACGGUCAUGAGCAUCGCGAGACAAGCACAUCACCUCGAACGCCUCUGCGAGCCAGUAUAGGACCGAGCAAACACACAUCAUCGAUCCCUGCUCCUACAAAGCUUGGCUCCCCUAUGCGAAAGGACAACUCUCCGGGGGCCACGCUCGACCGUGUCGGCAGCAUGAGACGGAGGGCUCUCACUGUAAAGGAGGAGUCCAGGGACAAGGUUACGGUCAAGACAUUUAGCCCAGUGAAGAGGCGCGGGGAGUCAGUCUCAAGCAUCCCCAGUCUCAAAUCUAUAGUUGGCUCCGGCCUUCUCUUGGAGAGGCCUGGGUCAGGUAACUCUGUCAAGCUACCGCCCUCGACACCUCGAUCUCCCACCAAAUCGAACACUCCAGCAAGCCCGCCCAAAAGGCUGCGAAUGCAAUCUCCUCAGAAGCUGCGAGAACGACUGGAGACGCAGCAACGAGAUAUUGACACGGCCUCGGUUGACCUGCAAAACGAAUUAAGUGCGAUUAGUCAAGAGCUGAAUGCUAGGAGCCAUUCGCGCCUUGGCCAAAGCUCAGGCCGUCCGUCCACUCCCAACGGAGCGCGCACACUUGAAUCUCGCAUAGCGUCAUUGGAGAAGCAGCUGAAGGCUACACUGGACACGCUCUCGACGCGAUCAGCGGCCAUUUCGAAUGACGUGACGACGUCGCUUCAAGUGUCUGAAGCGCGAUGCAAACACCUGGAUCAAAUCUAUCGAGAGGUCAAUGCCGAAAACGAGGCACUGUAUGGACGCUUCAACGAGGAGCUAGAGAAGGUGACGGCCAGCGUGCGCAAAGGCAAGGCAGGGGAAGAAGUGGAGCGGCGGUUGAAGGCAAGCGAGGAGGAGGCAGCACGGCUGAGAAAGGAGAAUUCACGACUGAAGAGGGAGGUUGCGGGACUCAAGGCUCAGAUUAGGGAGUGA